AUGGCACCUGGACCGGUCAAGACCACCAACACCUUCGACCAGCAACGUCGUGGUUCGGCCGACAACAAAGCGUUGCUACCACCAGGCGACGGUUCAGACGGACUAUACAGCACGGGGGGAGGGAUAGCAGCGGGAGGGAUAGAGGAUGCCCAACCAGUGGCUACAGAGGGAGGUAGAGGGCGUUGUACGAACAACGCUGGCGAUGGCACUGACUUGAGUAACGAGGAGCGAAGGACACAAGUAAUGCCCACAAAGGCAACAAAAACCAAGACAACAACGACAACGCUUUGCAGGGCUGCUGAUAGGGCAUUUGAGUCGGUGAUUUUCAUGCUCAGGUCUCUCGGGUCACCGAUACAGCCGAGAAUGUCGGAACCCCGAUGCCGAGUGUUCCUAGCCCUCCUGCCCAACAUCCGACACAACACCCUCAAGGCGCUAGGGGAGCAUCUCUCCCAGCGCGUCAAGCGUCUCCAGGGCAUCCCGCCGCCAGAUUUUUCCGCAGUUGCCCCGAAAAGGGUCACCGCUGGUGCAGCCGCUCGAGCGAGAGCAGCCGCGGCGGCGAGGCAGAGGGAGGGUACCGGGGGACCGCCGCUUAUGCGAUGGGAAAGAGAUGCCGCCAUGGCGAGGAUGGACGAAGAGAGAAAGGAACAAGCAGAGGCUGAGGAAGCCGCGCGGCGGGCCAAGAUCUUGGACGACGGCUGGAAGGGAGGCCCCUUCUUGGAUGGUUUGGGUAAUGACAUCGUUGGUGUUCUCGCGGGGUGCGCGGCGUCGACGUUUCGAAGGUUUGGUCUCGAGGACUGCCUGACACCGUUGGAAGAAGAGCGGCUUGGUAGCGUGGUCGAGGGCUCCUCCGCAUACUUCAAUCCGUUCGCCCCGCAGGGCCAUUACAAUUUAGACAUGACCCUGCCAAGUGACAGGGAGGUGUUCCGCGCCCUUCUCGGUCUAGAUAAGGCCAAGGCUAAGAAAACGACGAGCAAAGCACCCGCGGGCAAAACUAAGACGGGGAACGCUAAGCCAAGCAGCCGCGACAACAAGAAUGCACGAGGCGAAAAAGGGAAAAGCCCUCAAACGGAGAAGAGACUUCCACUCGAGAGUGUCAAGCCAGCAGCAUCACGAAUUUCGUUCGACUUCUUGCACUAUAUCCGACCAUCCCCCGGCGCAACUUCGACCCCCAAAGAGUGUUUCGACGAGCUGGUACAAUUUUUGUCAAAAUGGAUGUCGUGUGGCAACGCGAACGGUGGCAAUGGCGAAGACGACAACGACGACGACAAAGUUAAUGGUGCCAGCGCUAUUGACGUCAACGCCAGUAACGGCGGCGGCGGCGGCGCAGAUACAAACGAUAAUGAGCAUGAUGACAGCGGCGCCGUGAAGAGGAAAAAGGGACGGGUGAUCGUAAACUUCCUCCGAAACCUGUGCCAUGUGUUCUACUUCAGUUGCAACCAGGUGGUCGACCUCCUGCGGGUAUUCCCGGGAGAAGACGACGAGCACGAAUCAGGAAAGGAAGAGGGCAACGAAGCGGGGACGGGAAACGAAGCAGGGAGUUCGUGUCGUGAGGAAGUCUUCGUCGCCGUGGUCUGCAGGAUAACAGACGAAAGCAACCUGGACAUAUGCCUAGGGGCGCUAACGGAUCGCGAGGUAUCGAGAUGCGAAGCGCGACUAGGUCCUGUUGCUCUCUUCAUGCCCACGCAGCCUGAUGGGGAGUACAAACUGGACCUCAGGGCAUUUGGGGAUCGCCAAAUCGCGACUCUUCUGCUUGGUGAGCUAUACCCAUACUUAUUCUGCUUCGGCAAAUGCAGACGCACGCUUGAUGUUAAAGCGAAAACGCUGCCGACCAGCCCAAUGACCGCGACAUGCAUGCCUGACUUUGAAAUGACCUUUGAACCUGUCUUCGUUUGA